AUGUCCAUAAUUCAUAAUUUCGUUUAGUAGGUGCUACAAUUUAAAGGCACCUACGAUGACGCUUUAUUGCAGGUUCAAUCCUUCAUCGCUUAGUUGUUGUGCUCCUUAUUCGAAGUAAAGAAGAAUCAAGAAUUGCUGGUGUUUAAUGCCUGCAUAAAGAGGACAGAUUAGGUCUUAAUCAAUCUUCACGACUACUUUUUGGAGAUUUCUCCUCCAAUAAAAAGUAUAUUUAGAGACAGGCCCUACAAUCAAGAAGGAUUCAUAAGCAGUGAUGACGAAGUUAAACAAAGCGUUUUGCCAUCUGCCACUAAACCGAGACAGUCCAACGCUCCUGUAGUGAAGGAAGUGAUUUUACCAGUUGAUGAGAAAGUAAGAAUGAGGGAUGACUUAAUUCAAAAAAUGACAAUUGGCUAUUUGAAGGAUGUACAACAUUUAAGGGAGAUGUUUGUCAGGAAAGACUUGUUCCCCAAUGAAGAAAUUUUCGAUGCCUCCUAUUACGAUUACACAAAUACGUUGGAUCCCAUAAUUAGGUAAUUUAUCUACAACAAGAUAUUGGAUCUUACACAAUAAUUUAGACUCCAAAUCUAAAACCUCACUUAAUAAAAUUAAAAAUACCUCAGUGAAAUUGAGAAAUUGAAACGACUGGUCAAAAAGAUCAUUGGUAGUGCAGAAAUAGAAUCCUAGAUCAAGGCUAUUUUAUAAAUAGACAAAGAUUUAUAUAGAUUCUGGAAAGGUGUGCAGGAGGUCAUAGGAACAUAGUAGAUUUUUGAAAUAUUUGAGAAAAGGAAAUAAGGUUAUGGAAUUGAUUAUGUAUUAAUUGACAGAUGCAUUAAUAACAGUUAAGCUUCUGCUCGAAUUUUCCAAGAAUUUAAAACUCAAUUAGAAGAGCGAUAAAUAAAAUUCACUGAGCAAUUAUUAAGGGAAUUCAAUAUGUAGAAGAAGGAGACCGAUGAGUUAAAGUAUUACCUACAUGAUUAGAAAGAACAAAAAGAUGUGGAUAUUCUAAAACAGAAAACCUAUAUCAAAUCUAGUGUUGAGUAGAUCUACGAAAUUAAAUAUAAUACAUUCUUUUAAGACCGAGAAUAAUAGAGACAAAACUUGCAAGAAGCCCUCGAUUUAAUUGCAGAUAAAGAUUAACAAAUCUGGAUUAGAAAAUGUGUUAAGAGACAUGCCUUAUAUAAGUGGAUCUAUUUAGCCAAGAUAAAGAAACUAUUAAAUUAAAAGAAUACAAGAAGAUCUUUAUCGAAUGAUAGAUCAUGUAAAUCAACAAAUGUUUUUGGAUUAAAGGAUAACAGAGUUGCCAACUUGAAAAAAGAGUUGAAAAAUCAGAAUGAAAUCGCUAUGGAAGCAUAAUUGAAUCUGUUUGAAUGUUAAGGGGAUUUCUAAAACCUAAAAUCCAAUUAUACUAAUCUGAAAUAUAAUUUUGAAAUGCAAUUAUCAACAAGAAUAGCAACUCAAUAGACUAAUGUAUAAUUAGAAAAUAUUGUUGAUUAUUUUGGCAAGAUAUUCAAUUUCAUUAAGAAUAGAGUUGGUCUAAAUUAUUUGGAAAUCAAUUUGAAAAAUUCUAAAUACUUUUUGGAGAAAGCUGAUUAACAUUUGAAAUAGUUUGAAUAGAAAGUAUCCUCUAUAACAGUUUAGGAUUAAAAUUUGAUCUAUGAAUCAUUGAAGGACUUAAUGAAAAGGUAAAUAGUAUGGAGAAGGGUUACUUCCAAUUGCAAUUCAUUCACAUUGACUGACGUCUAUGAUAUUAAAAAGCCUCUAUAAGAUGCAGAAUGCGAACUGAAUUCAUAUAUGCUAUUAAAAAACGAGUAAUUAAAAUAAGCUGAAUAUGAUAAUCAAAUAAUAGAAUUGGAAUUAGAAUAGGCUGAGAAAUAAUUCUAAUAAUAAUUAGAGAAGGAACAGCAAAAAUAAUAGGAAGAUGAAGAAGAAGAGGAAUCUUUAAUAGUUUAACAAACAGAUGAUUAAGCAUAGGAUUCUCAAAAUUGUAAUUAAAAAGCGAAAGUACCAUCGCAUGAUCCUUAAUAAGCAGACUUCGAACAUAAAUACAAUUCUAAUAAAUACAAACGACGUAAGAGUUUAAUAAGAACUGAAUAAAAUGAAUUUCAUUAAUACAAAUCAAUUGUUGGCCAGGAUAAGGAUAGGGGGAAGAUGAAAAAUCAAACUUAAUAAACUAAUGUUUCGAUUGAUUGUACAAAGUGCUAUAACGAUAUAUUCGAGAGGAUGAAUCCAGAAUUUCAACAAAAGUAGGAAGAAGAUAAAUCACAAGGCAUAAUUUAAAUUUCUAAGUCUAAAUUUUUUUAAACAAAAUAACACACCAUGGCUACUAUCUUGACUUAAUAAAAUGUAGUAAGGAUGUAAUCUGCUAGAUUUAAAAAAAUAGAAAGACAUCAAACCAAUCAUAUAUAUUCUCAAAUUAAUAGACCAUAAAGUAAAUAAGAGAGAUCCAUAACUUUAAAAGGCGAAAGAGCCUAAAUAAUAAUUACACCAAAAUCUGUUCCCAUAACUUAAAGAUAAUUUAAAUACACAAAAUGA